GUGGAGUCUGGGCGAGUCUUGAUUGCAGAUGCCGUCGAGAACGCAAGCAGGAUGCUAGAAUUGCAGCGAGACAUCUUGUAAUUUCAUCAAGAGAUACAGUAAAUCAUGACAAACACGUCUUGGCAGCCAAUAAACAAAGCGUGUUUCUGAAGAGUCUGCUCUGCUGUUCCCCCUCUCCUCUCUUUGCCUUUCCCUGAGACACGUGCCGUCAUGUCGGGCAAAGAGCGCAGCCCGAGGCACCGGCCCUGGUCCGUCUACAGGGCCAACACGUUUGAUCUGUCAGCAGAGAUGAUGGGGCUGGCCCUUGCAGGAAGUAGUCAGGACCCGGAUGAGCCUGUGCUGGAGUUUAGUCUGGCCUGCAGUGAACUGGUUACUCCAGCGUUGGACCGUAAGCCCACCAGCUUUGUGGCAGUAAGCUGCACCACUCCUCCACAGGCUUUCUGGACCAAACACGCUCAAACCGAGAUCAUAGAGGGUACAAGUAACCCUAUAUUCCUCAGUAGUAUAGCAUUCUUCCAGGACUCCAUGAUCACUCAGCAAACUCAGAUCAAACUCUCUGUCUACGACGUGAAGGAUCGAACACAGGGAACGAUGUAUAUGUUAGGUUCUGCCAUGUUUCCAGUGAAGGAGCUGCUCCAGGACAAACACCAUAGACUGCACUUGACUCUGAGGUCAGCAGAGAGUGAGCGUGUGGGGAACAUCACUGUGAUCGCCUGGCAGAUGGAAGAAAAGAGGGAGCCGAGGGCUCCUGGGCCCAGGUUACAGAGAGGAGACACUGUUAAUGGCAGGAUGGUCCUACCUGUUGACCAGAGUCUAACUGAAUCCAUGGGCAUUAAGUCCAAGUCAUCUUCUAUUUGUAAAGAUCCACUGCUCAAGGCUGUGUUUGGGGGCAUAAUGUCACGUACUUACCGGUUUCCCAUGACGGACGGAAACCACCUCCGUAUCCUGGAGCAGAUGGCCGAGAGCGUGCUCUCACUGCACAUCCCUCGACAAUUCGUCAAACUGCUGUUGGAAGAGGACGCAGUCAGGGUGUGUGAGCUGGAGGAGCUCGGUGAACUGUCCCCGUGUUGGGAGAAUCUCCGCAGGCAGAUCAUCACCCAGUACCAGACGAUCAUCCUCACCUACCAAGAGACCAUCAGUGAUCUGCAUGAAUACAAAGGGCCUUCAUUUAAGUCUAGUACUUUAAAAGCUGAGAAGAAGUUGGAGUUUAUUCCCACUAACCUGCACAUUCAAAGGAUGAGAGUCCAGGGAGAGUCGGGAUAUGACCGAACAUAUGACGUAGUAACUAUUGGAGCUCCUGCAGCACAUCAUCAGGGUUUUAAAGGCUGUGGACUCAGGAAAAUGGUGCAGAAGCUUGACGAUGCCAGGAAACAUACCUAUGCAGAAGACAGCUCUUCUAGCUCUGCCUCAAAAGGACUGACCUAUCAACAGCAGGAUGUAGUGAAGGCCAAAGAACUGAUUGGUCAGAUUAACACGCUAAAGACACAAGUCUGUUACUACAUCGAGCGUCUGUCUCGAGCUGCAAAAGAACGCUCUGCAAAUGCAAUGGAGAGGACCCUGGCCAUCCUCAAAGAGAAGACCCAUCAGCUGGUGACAGUGUGUGACUCCAAACUACUGUCCGCUGCCAUUUUGGCCCUAGCAUCCGCUCGCCCUGAGUCCACCCAUCACAGCACCCCCUCCCCCUCUGCCUCUUCCCUCUCCCCCUCAUCCAGGUCCCCCUCUCGCUCCCCAUCACGCAACCCUACCUCUCCCUCCCGCAUGGCCAUCUCACCCUCGCGACAAAUAGCUCCUCCAGACAGCAAUGAAGGGACCAAAAGUAAAAGGAUGUCUAUGCAAACAGAUGCACAUGAAGAAGAAUGGGAAAAUAUCUGGCUAAAUGUUGAUAAAAGUCUAGAGUGUGUGGUCCAGAGAGUGGAACGACUCCUACAAAAAGACCAAAUUCAAAGUGACAGUAGUUCUGAAGAUGUUUUCCUUCUCGCAAAUGAGGAACAAAGCACAUCAGAAGUCAAAGAUAAUAGCCCAGAAAUAGAAAAGACAUCCCCAGCUGAAUGGGGUGAGAUCUUGUAUCCCCUCCUCACAACACUGUCAGACUGUGUGACCCUCAUGAGUGACAAAGCUAAGAAAGCCAUGGUAUUUCUACUGAUGCAGGACAGCGCCCCAACUAUUGCUAUGAGCCUCUCUGUCCAGUACCGCCGAGAUGUGGUCUUCUGCCAAACACUCACAGCUCUCAUCUGUGGUUUUGCUGUGAAGCUGAGGACAAGCCUCUGUGACUCAGGAUUUCUCCGACAGCUCCAUACCAUCGGCCUGUUGGUGCAAUAUGAAGGCCUCCUCAGUACUUAUGGGGAGGAGCUUGCUAUGCUGGAGGAUAUGAGUGUUGGUGUUAUGGACUUGAGAAAUGUCACCUUUAAAGUUACUCAAGCGACUUCAGGUUUUGGGCCAGACAUGCUGCCAGUGAUCACAGGGAACAGAAACGGCUUCAAUGUCCGAGUAGCUUUACCGGCGGCCAUGUUUGAGUCAUUGCCACGAGAGAUCCAGAACGGGAUGUUGUUGCGCGUUCAGCCAGUCCUGUUUAAUGUGGGCAUCAAUGAACAGCAGACACUGGCAGAGAAGUUUGGAGACACAACGUUACAAGAAGUGAUCAAUACGGAAAGCAUGACACGUCUUAGCUCUUAUUAUGACCAGUUCAAAGAAGUACUACCAGAGGACUGCCUCCCCCGCUCCCGCAGCACCACCAGCCUGCUUGAGCUGCUCAAACAGCUGAGCCAAAAUAUCAAAGCCAAGAAAAACAAAAAUGUGGAGAUUUUGUGGCAGGCGGCCGAGGUAUGCCGUAGGUUGAAUGGGGUACGCUUUACCAGUUGUAAGAGUGCCAAGGACCGUACUGCAAUGUCCGUUACUUUGGAGCAGUGCCAGAUCUUAGAGCAGGAGCAUGGACUGGCCCCACAGGUUUUCUACCAGGCUUUGGACUGUAUGCGCAGUGAGGGAUGCAGACGAGAAAAUACCAUGAAGAAUGUUGGAUGUCGCAAAUACGCUUUUAAUUCCUUACAGCUCAAAGCCUUCCCUAAACAAUACCGCCCUCCAGAGGGAACAUAUGGGAAAGUGGAAACCUAAGUGGACUUUAUUUUGAAGAAAUGAAAAGACUACAGAGAAGGACUAUGAUGAAAUGACACAAAGAAAAACACCUACAAACAUAGCAGUCACAACUAGUUCAAGUGCCAGAGUAUGUUGUUUUAGCCAUUAUCCCUAAACAGUCAGAAAAAUCAUUACCUGCUCAGAACUAGUUCACAGCUUACUGUCAUUGUCUGUGUCUGUGGGUAUGCAGGUUAUUACUGUUCUGACAACUAUACUUUUAAUAGUAGACCUGUUGCACAGUUAUACAGCUAUGUGUAUUAUCAGAUCAGGCGAUAAGAAAGAGACUCUGCUCCAACAAAGAUGGCAAAGCCUUUUUAGUGAUUUUGAUAUUCUCAGAUUCCCUACAGGUGUCCAUGUUAUCGUGGUAAAAGACCAAGACCAGCAAUGUCAUUUUCUUAUUGCACAAAUGGAAACAUCACUAAUCAACCUGUUUAAAUACUUUAAUCACAUGUAGUUUCUGCAGAGCAGUGUAAAUACAAUACAUGGUAAAUUAUUUGUUUGCUAAAGACACACUGGACACCAAAUCACUACAUGAAACCUUGUUUGUCCAAUAUAGCCAUUUUAAAAGUACAUUAUGUUUUUGUGGCGGACCCCAUGGAGGUGUUAUUGCUCAGCUUGUAAUGUUCCACAGAAUGGCAUUAAAUGUUUGUAUCUUUUGUUCAGUUAUAGGUAUUUAUAUUGUUAAAACACACCUUGAAAAAAACAGGCAUUCUUACUGUGAGUGAGCUGAUGUAACUUGGUCUUGUGGCACCAUUAUUUUAGUUGGUCUCCACAGAUCCGUUCAAGGCUGUAUUGUGGAAUAUUCCAGGCAAAGCAGUAACAUCUUCAUGGAAAUAAGCAAGCGGUGGUCUCUCCACCAGAAAAGUUAUAUUUAAGUCAGACAUGUAUCCCUCUCUGGACCUAAUCUUCCCUGUUGUGCUGAUGAAUACAGAGCUAUUGGGUUGUUGUAGCA